AUGGGUUGUUGUUUUUCAAAAAAAGAUCUAUUACAACCGGCCUCCGAACUCAAAGAUAUCAACAUACAAAUUUUGAAUAAAUCAAAAGAUGGUCCAACUACUUCAGAAAACCGUACCAGUAAAUCCAAUCCAAAUGGUACUGAAAACAUCCGAUCAAAACAACCAGGCGGCACUGAUAAAGUCUAUGUAGCUAUAUAUGAUUAUGAUGCACGUACCGAUGAAGAUCUAACAUUUCGUGUUGGCGAUUUACUUCUUAUUCUUGACGAUAGUCAAAAUGAUUGGUGGCUUGCUAAACAUUAUAAUAGUGGUUUAAAAGGGUACAUUCCAGCUCUUUAUGUUGCUCCACAUGGCGGUCUUGAUGUGAAUGAAUGGUUUCAUAAAAAUGUUCUUCGAAAAGAAGCUGAACGACUUUUAUUGAUACCAUCAAAUCCACGUGGAACAUAUCUUGUUAGAAAUUCAGAAAAUGCUCCUGGUCCCUAUUCGUUAUCUGUACGUGAUGUAGACGAACAACGUGGUCCACAUGUGAAACAUUAUAAAAUUCGAUAUCCUGAUCCAAAAAUCGGUUAUUAUAUUGCAACUCGUCGUACAUUCAAGACACUAGAAGAAUUGAUUGAACAUUAUUCAAAAAAUUCUGAUGGUCUCUGUUGUCAAUUAACACUUCCAUGUUCAAGACCAAAACCAACAACCUCAACAAUAUCGAAAGAUGUUUGGGAAGUACCAAGAAAUUCAUUGCAAUUUAUAAAAAAACUUGGCCAAGGAAUGUUUGGUGAAGUAUGGGCUGGAAAAUGGAAUAAUAAAAUUGAUGUUGCAAUAAAAACAAUGAAAGCUGGUACAAUGUCAACAGAGGCUUUUGUUGAUGAAGCAAAUAUUAUGAAAAAACUACGCCAUGAUAAACUUGUACAAUUAUAUGCAGUUUGUACUGAGCCUGAAGAUCAACCAAUUUAUAUAGUUACUGAACUUAUGGCCAAUGGAAGUCUAUUAGAUUAUCUUCGUGAUGGACUCGGACGUGAACUUAAAUUGCCGCCACUUGUUGAUAUGGCUGCACAGAUCGCUUUUGGUAUGGCUUAUCUUGAACAUGAACAUUAUAUUCACCGAGAUUUAGCAGCACGUAAUGUUCUGGUUGGAGAAAAUGGAGUUGUGAAAAUUGCUGAUUUUGGUCUUGCUCGUAUUAUUAACGAAGAUCAAUAUGUUGCUAAAGCUGGAGCAAAGUUUCCAAUAAAAUGGACUGCUCCCGAAGCAGCUAUCUAUGGAAAAUUUACAAUCAAAUCCGAUGUAUGGUCAUACGGUAUAUUGCUCUAUGAACUUGUUACACAUGGACAAGUGCCUUAUCCUGGAAUGGCUAAUCGUGAAGUUCUUGAUCAAAUUCAACGUGGUUAUCGAAUGCCACGUCAUGAAAAUUGCCCAGAUAAAAUUUAUGAUUAUAUGUUACGAUGUUGGGAUUCAUCACCUGAUAAUCGUCCAACAUUUGAGCAUUUGCAUUUAUUCUUUGAUGAUUAUACAACAUCAGCUGGUCCUCAAUAUCAUAGCCAAAAUUAA